AAAAAAAAAUGGGUUUUAUUAAUUUGGUUUUCAAUUGUUUUGUUAUAAAUUUAUAAGUAUUAUAACUUUUUAAGAGGGGAAAGAUCGUCUAGCUGUAUUAUGUUGCGCAAAAAUAUAAAUCAAGUUAAUCGUAACCGUACCAUUAUACCGAAUUUCAUGGCGUAAAAAAACUAUUUACAGUGAUGGAUAACCCACACUACUAAAUUUACUCAUUCUUAAUAAUAUUUUAUUCACUUAUUGAAAAAGUUUAAUGUAAGCAUCUAGUAUAUAAUGGACAACAAUAUUUUCGAUUUAAAAAAUAUUACAGCUAUUUUGUUUUGAAGUUAAUUUUCAUUUCCAAGCAUUCGGUGUUGUCGACGUCAUCCUCUAUUCCUGUACAGUGCGGUGUGGUGGUUUGUGUGGGAUGGCAGGCGGCGCGCGGGGGUACCACUACCACUCGGUGUAAUAUCACUGCACACAAAAUGGCCGCUGAUUGUUUGUCUCGUACCGUUUUCCGCACACUCGUACACGUUCGUACCUAAACAUAUCGGUGUCUGUUUUAUUUUCAUUUAUCGGAAUUUAAUUUAAAUGUCUACUUAAUUAUCGAAUGUUGUCGAUUUUUUCGUUAAAAACUCUUGAUAAUCGUGCCCAUACACGAAACGCUCACGAUACUGGCCGUGCCACUUCACCUCCUCACCUUGACUGCCCAAUAUUGGCUGUAUUUAGGUGAAUCGAAGUUUAUUUUCUCGUAAUUUUUCCUUUUUCAAACAAACGGUUUUUACAGUUUUUAUUGGUUUGCAACCCUUAUGUGGUUUGUCCUCUCCGUUUUUACACUCUGAACUGGCCUUAAAAUUCACAAGAUUGGUUUAACCACCCAAAAUGCAUCAGAAUGUGUCGGAAGAAGAAUCGUCAGACUCAGAUCAUAAUAAUGAACUUAAUUCUGGUUCAUCAUCAUCAUCAGGGUCUGAAAGCCAAUCUGAACUUAGUGUAAAAGUGUCUCAAGAAGCUAACAGUUCUGAACAAUCAACUGAUGAAUACAGUCCUUCUGAGCGACCCAAACGUGUGAUUAAACCAUCAUCAAAACUUAGUGAAAGCGACGAAUCAAGUGACUACAGUUCUCGAGUCACAAAAAAUACAAAGUGGAAAAGUGAUAGUUCAGAUUAUGAUUCUGAAACUGAUAAAGAAGAAAUACCUCGUAGUAAAUCAUUAGCUGCUAUACGACGUCAAAAACAACCUGCAAGACGUCCUACAACCAAACCAAAUGCACGUUUUAAUAAAAGAAAAGAUAAUAGUUUUAGUGCUAACAGUGAUGAUGAAGAUGUUAGUAAAUCUAGAAAUGCCCGUCGAAGACCACAGGCAGUUAGUUAUAAAGAAGAAAGUGAAAAAAGUGAUAGUGAUGAUUACUUGGAAAGAGAGGAGGUUGAAGAAAAAGAAGAACCACUUGAUACUUCUGAAACAAUUGAAAAAGUUUUGGCUCGAAGGCAAGGCAAAAUAGGUGUUGUAGGAAAUAUAACAACUAUUUAUGCAGUUGAGGAGAAAGGAGAUCCUAAUAUUGAAUGUGAUCCCAGUGAAAAAGAGACUCAGUUUCUGAUCAAAUGGAAGAAUUGGUCACAUAUUCAUAAUACUUGGGAGUCUAUGAAUUCACUUUUGGCCCAAAAAGUUAAGGGACUUAAGAAGAUUGAUAAUUUUGUGAAACGUGAAGACUCUAUUGGUGCAUGGCGUAAUCAAAUGACACCUGAAGAUUCUGAAUAUUAUGAAUGUCAGCUUGAACUUCAACAAGAUUUAUUAAAAAGCUACAAUAUUGUUGAAAGAAUAAUAGGAGAAUCUAAAAAUCCAGCACAAAAAGAAUAUUAUGUAAAAUGGCAAUCUUUGCCUUAUAGUGAUGCAACAUGGGAAGUAGCUUCAUUAAUAGAACGUAAGUGGCCUCAUAAAAUAAAAGAAUUCAGAGAUCGUGAAGGCUCAAAAAGAACACCGUCUAAAGCAUGUAGAGCUUUAAAAUAUCGUCCAAAAUUUGUUCAACUAGCGGAAGAGCCCGAGUAUUUUGGUGGUUAUGAUGAGAAACUGAUACUUCGAGAUUACCAAUUACAUGGUGUGAAUUGGCUUAUCCAUUCUUGGUGUAAAGACAAUUCUGUAAUACUUGCUGAUGAAAUGGGUCUUGGAAAAACUAUUCAAACCAUAUGUUUUCUUUAUUAUUUAUUUCACAACUAUCAAAUGCAUGGUCCAUUUCUAGUUGUUGUUCCUUUAUCAACUAUGCCUUCAUGGCAACGAGAGUUCAGUUUAUGGGCUCCUGAUAUAAAUAUUGUAACAUAUAUUGGAGAUGUUGAAUCUCGUAACAUAAUUCGCGAAACAGAAUGGUGUUUUGAGAGUUCUAAAAGAUUAAAAUUUAAUGCUAUUCUUACUACAUAUGAAAUCGUUCUGAAAGAUAGUUCACUUUUAAAUAGUCUUAGUUGGGCUGUUUUAAUGGUUGAUGAAGCACAUCGUUUAAAAAAUGAUGAUUCUCUUUUGUACAAAGCUCUUCAAAGUUUUGACACUAAUCAGAGGUUACUUAUAACAGGAACUCCUUUGCAAAAUAGUUUAAAAGAACUGUGGGCAUUGUUACACUUCAUUAUGCCUGAAAAAUUUGAUAACUGGGAAGAGUUUGAACACACACAUGAUAAUGCAGCUAGUAAAGGUUAUACAAAACUUCAUAGACAACUUGAACCAUAUAUUUUACGUCGUGUUAAAAAAGAUGUAGAAAAGUCAUUACCUGCAAAAGUUGAACAAAUAUUAAGGGUAGAAAUGACUCCAGUACAAAAGAAAUAUUACAAAUGGAUUUUGACUAAAAAUUAUAAUGCUUUAAGAAAAGGAUCUAAGGGAUCGUCAACAACAUUCUUAAAUAUUAUGAUAGAAUUAAAAAAGUGCUGUAAUCAUGCUCUUUUGACUAAACCACAAGAGAAUGAAAGCACAGCUGAUGACAAUCUUCAGAGUUUAUUACGAGGAUCUGGAAAACUUAUGCUACUUGAUAAGUUAUUAGUACGUCUGAAAGAAACUGGCCACAGAGUAUUGAUUUUCUCUCAGAUGGUUCGUAUGUUAGAUAUUCUUGCCGAAUAUCUAAGUUACCGACAUUUACCAUUUCAAAGACUCGAUGGGAGCAUUAAAGGGGAUAUUAGAAGACAAGCUUUAGAACAUUUUAAUGCAGAGGGAUCUCAAGAUUUUUGUUUUCUAUUGUCAACUCGAGCCGGUGGACUUGGUAUUAAUUUAGCUACUGCAGAUACAGUUAUUAUAUUUGAUUCAGACUGGAAUCCUCAAAAUGAUUUACAAGCCCAAGCACGUGCUCAUAGAAUUGGACAGAAGAAUCAAGUUAACAUUUAUCGGUUGGUUACAAAAGGAUCAGUUGAAGAAGAUAUUGUAGAAAGGGCAAAGCAAAAAAUGGUUUUGGAUCAUUUGGUUAUUCAAAGAAUGGAUACUACUGGUCGUACUGUUUUAGACAAAAAAGCUAAAAAUGCAUCAAUUCCUUUUAAUAAAGAUGAGCUUACAGCAAUACUAAAAUUUGGCGCAGAAGAAUUAUUUAAAGAUGAUCCCGGUGCUGAUGAAGAACCUUUAUGUGAUAUUGAUGAAAUUUUGAGAAGAGCUGAAACACGAGAUGAAGCACCGACAACUGUUGGCGAUGAACUUCUAUCAGCAUUUAAAGUAGCUAGUUUUACUUUUGAUGAAGAAAAAGAUAUUGCUGACAAAUCACCUAGUGCUCAAAAUGAACAAGAAAAUAAAGAAUGGGAAGAAAUAAUACCUGAAACAUUAAGAAAAAAAGUCGAAGAUGAAGAAAAGGCUAAGGAAAUGGAAGAUCUUUAUUUACCUCCCAGAAGUAGAAAAACCUUACAAAAAGUAAAUCAAGGAGAAGGAAAAAGUGAAAAAUCCAAGAAAGAAGAGUCUGAUGAUUCUAGCUAUGAUGGCAGUGAUGAAGAUCAACCAAGAAAACGUGGAAGACCUCGGGUUGGAACUAAAGAAGUAGUUAAAGGUUUCACUGAUGCAGAAAUCCGAAAAUUGAUUAAAAGUUGUAAACGUUUUCCUAACCCUAUAAAACGUAUUGAUGCUGUAGCUGGUGAUGCAGAUCUUCAAGAGAAACCUAAAUCAGAAUUAAAAAAAUUAGUUCAAAUGUUAUAUGACCGUUGUAAUGAAGCAUGUAAUAGUGAGCAUGCAGAAAAAGAAUCUGAUGCUACUAAUGACGAUGGAGUUAAAAAAAGAAAUAGAGGACCUUCAAUAAAACUCGGUGGUGUGGCAGUAAAUGCUAAAAGUGUGCUAGCUUGUAGUGAAGAAUUGGAUAUUUUGGAUGAUAUAAUUCCAUCAGAUGAAGAAGAAAGAUCAAAGUUCACUUUGGAUUUGAAACGUGUUAAAUCAGCUAAUUUCGAUUUUGAUUGGGAUAUUACUGAUGAUUCUAAACUAUUAAUAGGGAUUUAUCUUUAUGGCUUAGGUUCAUGGGAAGCAAUUAAAAUUGAUACUGCAUUAGGCCUCAGUGACAAAAUAUUAUCCAAUGAAGAUAAGAAACCGCAAGCUAAAAACUUAUUAGCACGUUCUGAAUAUCUACUGAAGAUGUUGAAAAAAACUCAAGUAGUAAUAGCUAAGGGUGAACCGAAACCUAAGAAAACGCGUAAAGUAAAAGAAGGAAAAUCAAGAGAAAUAAUUGAUGACGAUAGUACUGAUAAUGAAAAUGGUAAUAAAAAAAAAAUUGAUAAUGCUAUUAAUCAUGAUGAAAAAUUAAAAUCAAAAAAAGAUUUAAUUAAUGCAAAAUCUGGAUUGACUGGUUCACCAAAAAAAGAAAAAAAACGUAAAGUAGCCACUAAAACGGGUCCAAUGCAUUUCACUGCUAAUAGUGAACCCAAGGCUGUAAAUGUAGACGAUAUUGUUGAGUUGCCAAAAGAAAAAUUUUUAGAGUGCAAAGAAAAAAUGAGGCCAGUAAAGAAAGUAUUAAAAGCUUUAGAUGAUCCAGAAGAAAAAAAAAAUGAAUUACGUUAUGUUAAUCAUAUGCAAGAAUGUCUUAUAGAAAUAGGUUCACACAUUGGUAAAUGUUUAGAAGAGUAUAAGGAUCCAGAUAAAAUAAGAGAAUGGAGAAGCAAUUUGUGGUUUUUUGUCUCAAAGUUUACCGAAUUUGAUUCUAAAAAACUGUUAAAAAUUUAUCGACGAGGGUUACAUACAACUGAAAAGCUUGAAAAAGAUAAUAAAGUAAAAGAUAGAAAUAAAAACAAAGAUAAAAUUAGAGAUAAAUCUAAAGAAGAUAAAAAACUCCAAAAAAAUGAUAUGGAAUCUGAAGAUUCAUUAACACCAUUAAAACGAAAAUCACGUGACAAAGAAGAUUUAGAAAAAACAAACAAAAAACAAAAAAAUUCAAAUAGUAAUUCUGGUUUAUUAACCACUUCAAAUUCCAUCCCAACUACGCCUCCAAGUUCUAGUAAUUCCUCCAAUGCUAUAAGGUCAUACGAUCAAAGUAGUAAUCGAUAUGAUACAAAUUACAAUCAUCAUAGAAAUAGAAGUACACCCUAUUCUAGGAGUGAUAAUCGAAGUGAUACUCGAAAUGAUACUAGAAAUGAUAAUAGAAACGAUAAUAGAAGGUUUUCAUCAAGUCGAGACUCUAGCACCAGGCGUGACAGGUAUGAUAAUAGUUAUCGUAGUCGUCCUGCAUUUAGGGAAAGAGAAAGGGAGAUUGAUUCUGAUAUGCGAAUGUAUGACAAAAUUAGAUAUCAACAGCAAGCCGCCUAUGCGGCAUAUGGACAAGCUGCAGCUAGUUUUUAUGUUCCCGAAUUGUAUAGCCGCUCAGGUUCAGCAGCAUACAUGAGCUUACCUCAAUAUAAUGUUUCUGCUGAUUGGCAUCCUCCUGUAUCAGAGUACAGGAGAGACUAUGAACGCAGACCUCGAAACAAUUCCUAGCCAUGUUUUGUUUUUAUAUAAGUAUUAAGAUUAUCAAAACUAUACUUAUUACCUUGAAUUUGAUAAAAUACAUUUGUGUAAUAGUUACUGUUAAAAUGUGUUUUUACCAUUAAAUUAAUUUUUUAAUUUGUCUUGUACCAAAAUAUGUUAUUAAUUCUUAGUAGGACUGGAUUACUGAACACUGAUUGUAAAUACUUUAUUUUUAUACAUAACAUUAUUUAAAUAUUUUUAGUAAAAUCUACUGUAAUAUUGUGUAAAUAGAUUUGACCGUUUCUUGAAUGUUUAUUUUUAAUAUGUAUAUUUUCUUAGAAUUUCUCUUCUAUGCUGUAUUUUUGUACACAUAAAAAAUGUAAGAUAUUGU